AUGGAGGAGUCACAGCCCUUACUUGGUCAUGUCGCCGAAUGCGAGAUCCAUGCUACAAGUCAAACAUUGGUAGACUUUGAUCCAAAGGGCGACGCAGAAAAUCCUCUAGAAUGGCCGAAAGCUUACAAGAAUGGCGUUGUUGCGCUGCUCGCUUUUAUGGCAUUCACAGUAACGUUUACGUGUAUUGGUGUUGUUCCAGUUGCUGAUCAAAUUGUUCUUGAUCUAAAAGGCAAGGAGGAUAAAUCAGCAAGUGUCCUCCUUGUCACCGUUUGGGAACUUGGAGAAGCUGCUGGUCCUCUUCUUAUAGCGCCACUUUCAGAGAUAUAUGGACGAUACAUCGUUUUCAACAUCGCAAAUGUCGUCUUCAUUCUCGCUACGAUACUGUCCGCCCUCAGUCAAUCUUCUAGCAUGUUCAUCUUUACUCGGUUCCUCACUGGCUUUGCCGUAGCAUCAAACGUGCUGAAUCCGGCAAUCAUCGGCGAUAUUUUCAAAUCCGAAGAGCGAGCCUCUGGGAUGUCACUGAUUAUGCUCGCUCCCUUGCUCGGGGGUGCCAUUGGACCUGCAAUCAGUGGAGCUAUUGCGGAAACUCUUGGGUGGCGCAAUAUUCUUUAUAUGGCUGCACUGGUGGCCAUCGUAUGCGAAGUUGCCUUUUUCACUCUUCUUCGGGAAACUUAUAAGGUCCCGAUUCUCCAGCGUCGUGCAGCACGCUUAAGAGAGGAGACUAAAGACGAGUCAUUGAGGUGUGCGUAUGACGGAAAAAGUGAAGUCUUGGGCUGGGCAGCAUUACGGACGGCUAUUACCAGACCUGUGAUCAUUCUUUUUGAUUCUUUUGUGCUACAAAUCCUUUCCUUUUAUGGUGGGCUAGUCUUCACCUUAUACUAUGUCAUGGCGACUACCUUUCCGACGGUCCUUAGAGAGGUGUACGGAUUCUCUCCUGCUAAAGUCGGCUCAUCCUUCUUGGUAUUCAGUAUUGGUGCUACAUGUGGGAUUGUCAUUUGCAAUCUUCUCGUAGAUCGCAUAUAUAUUAGUUUGGGGAAGUCUCGUGGAGGAGUCGCUCUUCCGGAGUAUCGAAUGCCGCUCCUGAUCGUGGCAUCUGUAUGCUUACCAUUUAUGAUCGCACUUUAUGGUUGGACCCCAUAUGUCCAUUGGCCAUUGGUAGUGCUCUUGAUAGCCGUUGCGUUAAUUGGUGUACUCAUUAUCGUCUGCUGGGUACCGUUGGCUUCAUACGUCGUAGACGCCUUCGGUCUGUACGCUGCAUCGGCGAUGACUAUGACGAUUAUCUUCCGUGGUGUGGUAUCGACGCUGGUCCCACUUGCUAUCCCCGCUCUGACGGGUGCAGUUGGAUUAGGAUAUUGCUUCGUUAUCAUGGGAGCGAUUAUGUUUGCCCUCAUUCCUUUGCCAUUGCUGGUUACAGUCUAUGGAAAGCGUUGGCGAAGUACAUCUAAAUACACCAACAGCGAAUUGGCUUGA